AUUCACUGGGUACUUCUCAGUCCUGCUCUUUCACCAUGGGCACAUAGUAUUUCCUGAAUCCCCUCUUCUCCACUUCCUCAAAAACCCCAUCGUUCUCUCGCCCAGCUGUACGAGUAAAGCUGCGGAUCCUACGAUUCCAACCUUCUUCUCUAUCCCUGGCCUCCAAAACCACCAAACAUGUCCGGAAGAGCCAAAUCCAACGCCACGUUGGGCCUGUCACCCAGCGAAACAAAGCUUAUGCUCUUGGCUAGCUACUUCGCGAGCGAACAGCAGAAGAUGGAUUACGAAAAACUUGCUCAGAUGUCUGGCUACAAGAACGGCGCCACUGCGAACACUGUCUACCGUAACGCGAAGCGCAAGUUGGCUGAGUAUAUCGCUACGAAUCCCGCGAAUGGUGGUGGUGCGAGCAGUACUCCCGACGCUACGCCCUCUACGACUCCGAAGAAAACCCCUACCAAGCGCAAAACCGCCGCCAACGAUAGUGAGGACACCAACGGUGGUGUCGAGGAAUCGCCCACCAAGCCAAAGAAGCAGCGAACUCCUGCGAAGGAGGCUAAAGUGAAGGAGGUCAAGAAUGAGAGUAUUGGCGAGCCUGACACCCCCUCCGCGCGCCCCAUGAAAAUGGAAGAUGAAUUGUUUCCAUAUAUCGAGCUAGAGAAUAGUACGGCUUGAGCGUUGGGCUUUGAUGUCAUCGCUGGGUUGUCUUGGGAUUUGAUACUAGAUUGCGUUUUGAGGUUUUCACUAGGGCUGUGUUGUUCGUUAGGUCAUUGGU